CUAGGCUCUCGAUCAUCCCGCACCAGCACACGUGGGAGUCCUACCAAGAGGGGGCGAUGCGGUGGCCAGGCCGGGACGGCGGAAAGAGGACGAGAGCUUUGAACGUCGCGCGUGUCGCCGAGCAACACUUCCUCGGACCGCAUUGCUCCACUCACACCUCGGCGAUACAGUCUACGCGGGAACAUCACUCCUUCAGUCAUUUCCAGACAGUCGUCGGUGCAGCCGGAUCAGCAGCCGGACUUUCUCAUUCUACAAUACCCGAGAGGUGACAGCAAGGAUGGCGUCGUCUUCAUCCAGCUCCGCUGCUCCCUCUCGCCCCACCUCGGUUGCGUCUUUCCGCUCCAACACAAGGCGUACCGCCUCACCUAGGACGAAUCUCAUCCUCGGCGUGGCAGUCGUCAACUUCGACCACAACUUGGGACCCAUAGUAGAAUGGGCCUAUCCUGCCGCAUUCUCCGAUUCCGAGACCCAUCCGGAUCUCACAUCCUCUCUGCCCUUUUGCGCUCUGCCGGAUGGCAGCCACCUUUCAGAUGAAGACUUUGCCCACUUUCACUUGCACUGCCCCACCAUCUCCAAGCAUUCCACCGUCUUCGGUAUCAGCUGCAAUCGGCAAAUCGCCAGCGAAAAGCUGCUAGUGAGAGGCAAGGAUGUGACUCGCAGUACAGUCCAGAAAGCAGUCGUCGUUCUGGCCCGGCAGCCUGUAUUCGCUCCGCUGCGAGAGAAGCUAGGCAUUGUCACGAGAGCAUUCUUCGCUCAAGGCGACCUCGCCGAUACGGCCAUUCUAGUCGACUUUCAUGACACAUUGGAGGCCGGAUUGAGGGCGGCUGGACUGAAGGGCGAAGAUGUAGCAGAAGAUGACGACUUCACAGAAGAGGAUGCUGACGACACGAUAUCAGCUCAAGACGCGGUGGUAGGGGCAGAAGGUGGAGAGCAGACGGCGACUCAGGACGGCUUCCCCGGGAACAAGACAGACAAGGACAGCCUGAGAGAAGGGGUCAUGUACAUGGGAACUUCUUUGAGGGAGCUCAUAUACAACUUCCGCUUCAAGACACUUGUCCUCGUCAAGCUACUGCUCUUGCAAAAGCGGAUCAUGUUCUUCGGCUACCCAGUCGAAAAGCUCUGCGUAUUCGAGUACACGCUGGUGUCUCUCAUACCAGGCCUUUUGCUGUCCCUCUCGGACUGCUCAUCUCCAGAGCUAGACUACACACGUCGCAGAGAGCCCAAGGUCGCGGAAAGCGUCAAGACGAGCGACAGGAGAAGCUUGCUGCGUUUCUGUGGUUGUCCUCUGAGACUCUUCGGCGAGGAUGCCUUCUUUCAGCCCUACCUCCCGUUGCAGCAGAUCGACAUGCUGAAAGCCGAGUCGUGGCUCGUAGGGACAACGAACCUCAUCUUCAAGCAGCAAAGAGAAUUCAAGCCGGAUGUCAUUGUCGAUCUGGAGACCUCGACUCUGGAAUUUCCCGUGCUUCCUCCUUCAGCCGCCGACAAAGCUACCACAACACCAGCGGAUCCUAACCAGCCACCACCACCGUCCUUGCAAUCUCUGGUCACGCUAUCCCCCGCAGACAGAAAGUGGAUGGACGAGCUCGUUCACGUCGUGGUCGAGUCAUAUAAUCCAGCAGAUCCUGCACGUCCGACAACGAUGAAGUAUGAAGGCUCAGAGGAUUGGGUGAGAGCCAAGUUUGAGGACUACAUCUGCUCUAUGCUGGCUUGCGUCAAAUACUCUGACUUCCUCGCCAAGUCCGGGGGCGGCUCGGUGACGUCCGGGGUCACUCAGGGCAUAGCUCGACAGCAAUCUGGAACGUCGACGCCUCUAGGCGGAACGGCUCCUGGUACAACUAUCGAGGUCAGCGAUGCCGAUGUGCUCGCUUCGUACAACGCCCACUUCAUCUCCGCGUUCAAGCGGACAAGAGCAUAUAGCUUGUGGGAUCGUGCCACAUCACCGCUGCUGUUCGACCUGGUACCGUACAAACACCCAUGCAGCGGCAAAGUAUCAGCUCUGGAAGAUGUGAGUUUGAGGCUCACAGCAGGUCUCCAUGACCUGCGAUUGGAAGAGCAAAUGGCAAGCGGCAGGGAAGCAUUGGGCAACGCUGGGCGGGGCUUAUACAACAUGGCGAACACUUUUGGCAUGGAGGUCGCAAAGAGGCGGAGGGACUGGUUUGCACAACAGGCGGCUCAGCAGCAGGCUCAGCAGAGCAGCGGUACAGCAGCGCCCAAGGCUGGGGUCUUGAGCUCGGCCAGCGACCCAACGGGGACAGCCACUACCACUACCCCACAAGGCCUUGAGCUGCCGGCUUCUCUUGCGCCUCAUGCUCAAGCAGCUCAACAGGCUGCACUGGCAGCUUCUACGGAGAUCAGAGGCGCACUGGGGAGAUUUGGUAAUUACUUGGGGAGUAGAGGCUGGGGAGCAGGAGCGGGAGCAGCGGGUACGGCAGGCGCAAAGCCGCCCGUCGCCCCAGCCUCGCAAGGCCGGGCAAGUAGCGAUAACACCGCCGCUACAUAUCCACCAUCCUCCCAUUAGUAGUCUCGAAGCAGGGGUGGUAUCAUGGAUCUUUUGGCUCGACCGCGCGAGACAGGAGCCUUUUCAGUGAAUUGUACAAUAUGCAUUUCGUCCAUAGAGUAUACAAACUUUCUGACCAGCAACUAGAAUGCAUUGUCAGCGCGG